AUGCGCCUGUCAACAUAUUCAUCUCUCCCCGUUCUGUGGGGCGUGUUCACAACCCCAGCACAUGCCAGUUGGCACGCCGUCCUCCCUCGUCAAACCGAAGCAAUUCCGACGCCAACACCCACGGAAAACUUCGAGGCUGUGGAGAACUGUCUCUUCACAAGCAGUUCAAUUCUUCGCAGCUACCCGACGGAACCACCUGUCCUCCGGCGAUACGGCGAAAGUGCGGCGAUUGAAGGUGCGAAUGAGGCCUUGUCUAUGAGGACACCGAGGGACUCGCGGGGAGUACUUGAUCACACAUCAGUGUGUUCGCUGUACCUUGGUACCCCAACUCGAGAAUUGACAAUGCUCCCGUCCGAGCUCAGCACCGUCUUUUCAACCUAUCGAGAAGCAAGGUCGUCGUGGAUCGCACAGGCCAAGCCGCAACUGAGCGAGUUCUCCGAACGCUGUCUGGAGGUGCUGGGUACCAAAACAGUGGUGGAUUAUCUUCAAGAGUUUGCCACGGGCCUGGAAGAAUGCCUGACAAACAUGGAGUUGUUGUUCGGCACGUUUGUUCCUGCUACUCCGACCGACAAUGGCGGGAUUGUUUGGACGGGUGACUGGGAGCGUGUGAGCACGCCAGUGACUACUACUUCGAGAAGCUCGACUGCUGCUGGAGCUCGCGAAACGGCAUAUAUGGUGCCUGUGCUGGGAAUUGUUGGUGCGGCGGCGUGGGCUGGUGCUGCUAUGGUGUAA